AUGAACGCUCGUUACACGACCCCGCCGCAGCGCGACUCGUGGUUCGCGCCGCUGUCGAUCGACAUGUUCAUCAAGGUGCUCAAGACGAGCUUCUUCCACCCGUUUGUUGCAUGGAUCAUCCCGCUCUGCUUCCGAGCGCAGAACAUGUACUGGGACGCCACUCCGAUGCUGGUGUCGAUCGGAUGGGCCUCGCUUAUAUCGCUCUCCUGGAUACUCAAUGCCAUCAACAACCGGCUGGCAUUUGGCAUGCCGCGCGAGGUGGACCUGAGCGAGGAGGUCAUCGUCAUUACGGGCGGCGCUAGUGGGCUCGGCUUGCUGGUUGCCGAGGUCUAUGGCAUGCGCGGCGCCACCGUGGCUGUGCUGGACGUUCAGGAGAUGGAGUCUGGGGAGGCGCGCGGCGUCACAUAUUACAAGUGCGACGUGACGGACAAGGCCCAGGUAGCUCGUGUUGCGGCCGAGAUUGAGAGAGAUCUUGGUACACCGACUGUCCUUAUCAACAAUGCGGCUAUUGUCAUUGGCAAGCGGCUAUUGGACAUGGAAAUUGAGGAGGUCGAGAAGAGCCUCGCUACCAACCUCAUCAGCCACUUCUACACACUCAAGACAUUCCUUCCCGCCAUGGCGCGGAGUGAGUCCGGUGGCACCGUGGUGACAGUGUCCAGCGUUAUCGGACAGCUGGGUGCCGCGCACUUGACCGACUACGCGGCCGCCAAGGCGGGUAUCACGGCCAUGCACAAGUCGCUGGCAGCAGAGCUACACGAGACGCACCCCCAGAUCCGGACCGUGUUAGUAACGCCGGGCCAGCUCAGCACGCCCCUUUUCUAUGGCGUCCAGACGCCCAACGCCUUCCUCGCGCCCGUUGUCGAGCCCGUCGAUGUCGCCAAGGAGAUUAUCAGCGCUAUCGACAACGGCCACAGCGCGGCCAUCGGCAUGCCGCUGUAUGCGCGGUGGGUUGAAUGGUACAACGUGCUCCCGCUGGGUAUCCAGGCUGUGGUAAGGAGCCUAGCGGGUCUCGACGUGGCUAUGCGAACCUUUAUUGGCAGGGAAGGAACCAGGCACAGUGAAAAGAACGGUGUUUUAAUACAGGGCUUCUGA